CCCACCUCCCUCCUCCCUCUCCAGCUCCCUCCUCCCUCCCGCCUCCCCAGCUGUCCCGUUCGCGUCAUGCCGAGCCUCCCGGCCCCGCCGGCCCCGCUGCUGCUCCUCGGGCUGCUGCUGCUCUGCUCCCGGCCGGCCCGCGGCGCCGGCCCCGAGCACCCAGCGCUGCCCAUCCGGCCCGAGAAGGAGCCGCUGCCCAUUCGGGGAGCAGCAGGCUGCUCCUUCGGCGGGAAGGUCUAUGCCUUGGACGAGACGUGGCACCCGGACCUGGGGGAGCCCUUCGGGGUGAUGCGCUGCGUGUUGUGUGCCUGCGAGGCGCCUCAGUGGGGUCGCCGCGCAAGGGGCGCGGGCAGGGUCAGCUGCAAGAACAUCAAACCUGAGUGCCCAACCCUGGCCUGCGGGCAGCCGCGCCAGCUGCCUGGACACUGCUGCCAGACCUGCCCCCAGGAGCGCAGCGGUCUGGAAAAGCAGCCGACGGGCCUGGCCUUCGAGUACCCGCGGGACCCAGAGCACCGAAGCUACAGCGACCGCGGGGAGCCGGGAGCUGAGGAUCGGGGGCGUGGAGACGGCCACACGGGUAGGCAGGGGCUGGACUUCGUGGCGCUGCUGACAGGGCCAAGGUCACAAGCGGUGGCACGGGCCCGAGUGUCACUGCUGCGCUCUAGUCUGCGGUUCUCCAUCUCCUACCGGCGGCUGGACCGCCCUACCCGAAUCCGCUUCUCAGACUCCACUGGCAGCAUCCUGUUUGAACACCCUGCAGCCCCUACCCAAGAUGGCCUGGUCUGUGGUGUGUGGCGAGCAGUGCCUCGGUUGUCUCUGCGGCUCCUUAGGGCAGAACAGCUGCAUGUGGCACUCGUGACACCCAGUCACCCUUCAGGGGAGGUCUGGGGGCCUCUCAUCCGGCAUCGAGCCCUGGCCGCAGAGACCUUCAGUGCCAUCCUGACCCUGGAAGGCCCCCCACAGCAGGGCAUAGGGGGCAUUGCCCUCCUCACGCUCAGUGACACAGAGGACUCCUUGCAUUUUUUGCUGCUCUUCCGUGGGCUGCUGGAAGCCAGGAGUGGGGGACCAGCCCAGGUUCCCUUGCGGCUCCAGAUUCUACACCAGGGGAAGCUACUACGAGAGCUCCAGGCCAAUGCCUCAGCCCAGGAGCCGGGCUUUGCUGAAGUGCUGCCCAACCUGACAGCCCAGGAGAUGGACUGGCUGGUGCUGGGGGAGCUGCAGAUGGCCCUGGAGAGGGCAAGUGGGCCAGGGCUGCGCAUCAGUGGACACAUUGCUGCCAGGCAGAGCUGUGAUGUUCUGCAAAGUGUCCUUUGUGGGGCCGAUGCCCUGAUCCCCGUUCAGACAGGUGCAGCCGGCUCAGCCAGCCUUACACUGCUAGGAAACGGCUCCCUGAUCUACCAAGUACAGGUGGUAGGUACAGGCAGUGAGGUGGUGGCCAUGACGCUGGAGACCAAGCCUCAGCGGAGGAACCAGCACACUGUCCUGUGCCACAUGGCUGGACUCCAGCUGGGAGGAUACAUGGCUGUGGGUGUCUGCCCUGGGCUGGGUGCCCGGGGGGCUCAUAUGCUGCUGCAGAAUGAGCUGUUCCUGAACGUGGGCACCAAGGACUUCCCAGAUGGAGAGCUGCGGGGGCACGUGGCUGCCCUGCCCUACAGUGGGCACAGCGCCCGCCAUGAUACACUACCUGUGCCCCUGGCAGGAGCCCUGGUGUUGCCCCCCGUGCAGAGCCAGGCAGCAGGGCAUGCCUGGCUCUCCCUGGAUACCCACUGUCACCUGCACUAUGAAGUGCUGCUGGCUGGGCUUGGUGGCUCAGAGCAGGGCACCAUCACUGCCCACCUCCUCGGGCCUCCUGGGAUGCCAGGGCCCCGGCGGCUGCUGAAGGGAUUCUAUGGCCCAGAGGCCCAGGGCGUGGUGAAGGAUCUGGAGCCUGAGCUGCUGCGGCACCUGGCACAGGGCUCUGCCUCCUUGCUGAUCACCACCAAGGGUAGCCCCCAAGGGGAGCUGCAAGGGCAGGUGCACAUCACCAACCAGUGCGAGGCGGGCGGCCUGCGCCUGGCGGCGGCAGGGGCCGAAGAAGUGCGGGUGCCCGGGGCUCUGGAUGCAGUGGUGGCCGAGGCGGCUGCGCUGCCCGCUGUGCUGGGCCCAGACGCCCCAGCGCCAGCCAAACCUGGUGGCCCCGGGCGGCUCCGAGACCCCAACACCUGCUUCUUCGAGGGGCAGCAGCGCCCCCAUGGGGCUCGCUGGGCUCCUAACUAUGACCCGCUCUGCUCGCUCUGCACCUGCCAGAGACGCACGGUGAUCUGUGACCCCAUGGUGUGCCCACCACCCAGCUGCCCAAGCCCGGUGCAGGCGCCGGACCAGUGCUGCCCUGUGUGCCUGGAGAAGCAAGAUGUCGGAGACCUGCCGGGGCUGCCGAAGAACAGGGACCCUGGAGAGGGCUGCUAUUUUGAUGGCGACCGGAGCUGGCGGGCAGCGGGCACCCGGUGGCACCCUGUCGUGCCCCCAUUUGGCUUAAUUAAGUGCGCUGUCUGCACCUGCAAGGGGGGCACUGGAGAGGUGCACUGUGAGAAGGUGCAGUGUCCCCGGCUGGCCUGUGCCCAGCCUGUCCGUGCCAACCCCACUGACUGCUGCAAACAGUGUCCAGUGGGGUCAGGGGCCCACCCCCAGCUGGGGGACCCCAUGCAGGCUGAUGGGCCCCGGGGCUGCCGUUUUGCAGGGCAGUGGUUCCCGGAGAGCCAGAGCUGGCACCCUUCGGUGCCCCCCUUUGGGGAGAUGAGCUGCAUCACCUGCAGAUGUGGGCAGUUGCAGACACCAGGACAGUUCCAGAGCUGGAGAAAGAAGCUGAAGGCUCCUAGGGAGCAGCCAGAAGGCCGCGUGACCAAGAGGAUGGGGCCUGGGCUGGGGGAGGAGGGGCGCCGAGGACCCCGCAUUCUCCUGCGGGAAAUCCAGUGCCUUUGGCCCCUCUUUUCUGCCUCUUCUCCCUCCCCCACUACCUCUGGGAACCACAACUCCACAAGGGGGAGGGGUAGCCAGGGCCGACCAGUGCCAUGUCCACUCCAGCUUCGGCCUUGUCACCCUCUCGCCUCUGCCUUGGAAGCCCAACCCCUUUCCUUCUGUACAUAAUGUCACUGGCUUGUUGGGAUUUUUAAUUUAUCCUCACUCAGCACCAAGGGUCCCCCCACUUCACUCCUGCUGCCCCUGAGCUGAGCAGAGUCAUUAUUGGAGAUUUUUGUAUUUAUUAAAACUUUU